AACUUUGAAAGCAACUGAGUUAGACAUCGUGCUCAUUUGUAGAUGUAAGUCAAGCUAAUUAUAAUGUUCAGCUGUUCUUGAUUUGUUUAUCUCUAGCCCAUUGUUUUUAUAUUGUUCUUCCUGUCAUGGCUGGUAUCACGAUGUGUGAGCCCCUUAAACUUUACAAUCUCCUCAACCAGUGCAGGUGUGUGUCAAGGCUGGCAGAGAUCAACUACCUCUGUUUGAUUGAUGCUCGUGAAACCCGAGAUUACAACACAAGUCACAUCAUAACAGCUAAAAAUGUCAAAAUGGAUUCAGAAGGCAAAUUCCUCCUUCCAGUGGCUGUGGAGGUUGACAGUAUGCAGCACAUGGUGGUCUAUGAUAGCAACACCAGCUGUUUGCAGGAGCAAGGCAGAGCAGUUGAAUGUGCCGAGGUGCUGGCUAAAGCUAGCCUGUAUCCAGUCCACAUUGUGAGAGGAGGCUUUCAGAGGUUCUCAGCGCUCUACCCUUUCUUAAGGACUGAGAAAAUUAUGUACACCAUCACGGAGCUGGAAAACCUGAAGACUUAUCCAGUGGAGGUCAUAGCAGGACUGCUGUAUAUGGGUGACCAGAAACAAGGCACAGACUCCAAUAUCCUCAAAGACCUGAAAAUCAACGCCGUCAUCAGCAUCUCACUGAGUGACACUCUGGAAUCUAGGUCAAUAAAAUGGAGCCAGACCAUCCUCAACAUCCCUGUUGCUGACUCAGUGGAGUCUGAUUUGUAUUCAAAUUUUGAAAGGAUUUGUAGUUUUAUUGGGUCACACAUCAACAUGGGCUCUCGUGUCCUGAUAGUUUCCAGGCAGGGCAGAAGCCGCUGCAGUGCUCUGACCAUUGCUUUUCUCAUGCACCACCUCAAAUACACACUGGAGGAGUCCUGGAAGUACAUGCUCAAAUGUAAACCCACCAUGAGGCCAAACACCGGGUUUCUACAGCAGCUGUCAGAAUGGGAGCUUCACACCAUGGGAACAAAAGUCACCGAUAUGUCUGAACCGCAUUUUUAACAAAGGAAUGUGACGAGUUCAUAUUCAGUAAAGACAACUGAUUUCAGUCGCAUUGCAUCAUCAUCAUUAUUAUUAUUAUUAUUAUUAUUAUUAUUAUUCCAGGGACAUCUCUUCUGUUGUUCCAUUAAGAGACUUAUUCUUAAAACAGGCUGCAGCUCUACAAGGCUGAGUGAAUUUCAAGAUUAACAUAUGCAGCCUUGUUACAUCUCGACAAUCAAACACAUAUCGUUUUAGAUUUUUUUUUCCUGGUAAUACUUUAUAAUGCAGCCUGAGAUUUACAGUGUAAUUUUCUUGUAUGAAUUAGGUACCAAUAAAAUAGUUACCAUGGUUACGACUAUGGGGAACAAAGGAAAGGAGAAAUAAAUUAGACUAAGUACUUUUGUAAAUACUGAGUGCCUACAGGGUAUAGUACUGGAGACAUAAGGUGUAAACCUCGUUCAUACUAUGUAAUUAAAGAUUAAAAAGGGGAGAACAGCUAUAUUAAAGUGCACAUUUCACUCAUUAAUAAACAUUAUUGCAGUGUGUGGGAGAAAACAAUAUAAUAAAGGCUACCUCAGUUACACCAACAAUACAGGGAUUUAUUAUCAUGUCUCGUACUUAAUUGUAUGAUCUUAAAUAAAGACAAGUCGAGAAAUGGGUCUAUAUUUUUGAAAAAAUUCUCCUGGCAGGCAUGAUG